AUGGGCAAACAGACCAAGGCCACGAAGAAGUUCGAGAAGAACCGCCUCAAAGGCACGAUUGAACGACGCAAAGAGUUUGCCAAAGUCAAACAGCGACAUCAGCAGAAGGAGAAAAAGAAACAAAGAGCGGCGUUGAGAUCAAAAGAGGAGGAUGACGUUUCGGGGUCAGAUGUUGAGGCUGGUGGCAAUGGAGCUGAGGGUAUGAACGAGGAUGAGUUCUUUCAGGACGCUGUGGAUAUACCAGAGCAUGAGACGAACAACAAGAGCGGAAAGCGGAAAAGAGAACAGAAUGCUGGUGACAAAUCUGAAGAUGCCGAAAGUGAUGGUUCAGACGAUGAAAUCGAGGGCCAUAAAAACCAACUGGCUGCGUUGGCCGAGAAAGACCCCGAAUUCUUCAAAUACCUGCAAGAGAACGACGCAGAGCUACUCGAAUUCGACGAAGACGACGAUCUCGCAGCAGUCGACGAUCUGAGUGAAGAGGAGCCUCCUACAAAGAAGCAGAAGACGAAGGGUGCGCAUAAAGAGGACCCUGACGCAUCGGAUGAUGUUACUCUGGCAAUGGUCAAGAAGUGGAAGACCUCCCUGGCCGAACAAUUCUCCAUCAGGGCUCUCAGACAGGUGGUGCUGGCUUUCCGCGCCGCGGCACACGCGGACGAUGAAGAGGAUAAGGCCUUCAAGUAUAACAUUGCGAGUCCAGAGGUGUAUCACGAGGUUCUCAUAACGGCACUCCAGCACGUUCCUCUGGUGCUGUCCCAUCAUCUCCCGGUCAAGGAGUCCAGCGGCGGCAAGCUACGCAUACCGACUGAUUCACCCAAGUUCAAGACUCUGGCACCGUUGAUCAAAUCACACGCCUCCUCUUUGCAUUAUUUGCUCAAGCACUUGUCAGAUACGAAGACCCUCAGGCUGACGCUCGAGUCCUUCCAGCCGCUUCUCCCAUAUCUGCUUCAAUUUCGCAAAUUUCUGAAAGUCAUCACGAAAGCCGUGGCGUCUAUUUGGUCAGACAAUUCUUCCGAUGAGGCGACUAGAAUCACCGCUUUCCUGGUCAUUCGCCGGCUAAUGGUUAUUGGCGACGCUGGGAUCCGUGAAGCCGUCUUGAAAGCGACGUAUGAGGGCGUCGUCAAGGGCAGCCGACACACAACAGUCCAUACCCUUGCAGGAAUCAACUUGAUGAAGAACUCAGCGGCAGAGAUCUGGGGCAUUGACCAAAAGGUCAGCUACACGACAGGCUUCACGUUCAUCCGCCAGCUCGCCAUCCACCUCCGUGCCAAUAUCACCAAACCGACUAAGGAUUCAUACAAGACGAUAUACAAUUGGCAAUUUGUUCAUUCUCUGGACUUUUGGUCUCGGGUAUUGUCCAGUCACUGCAACUCGCUUCUGGAAGCACAGAAUGGCAAGCCCUCGCAACUACGCCCACUCAUCUACCCGGUUGUCCAGGUCACACUUGGCGCACUGAGGUUGAUCCCGACUUCCACCUAUUUUCCUCUUCGAUUUCAACUGAUGCGGGCACUCCUACGGAUCUCGCAGGCCACGGAAACAUAUAUUCCUCUGUCGGCGGCUCUGUUGGAGGUGCUGAACUCGGCAGAGAUGAAGAAACCUGCAAAAGCCGCAACGCUGCGUCCUUUGGAUUUCGCCUCGAACAUAAGGGCCCCGACGUCGUACCUGAAAACAAAAGUGUACCAAGAUGGUGUGGGCGAACAGGUAGUCGAACUGCUUUCCGAGUUCUUUGUGCUGUGGACGAAGAGUAUUGCCUAUCCUGAGCUGCAACUGCCGGUCAUCAUCAUGCUGAAGCGGUGGCUCAAGACGGCUUCCAAGCCGAGCGGAAACAAAAACGGCAAGCUCAACCAAGCACUUCUUGUGCUGGUACAAAAGUCGGAAGCCAACGCCAAAUGGAUCGAAGAAAGGAGGAUCAACGUCAACUUUUCGCCCAAGGACCGGGCGGAAGUGGAAGCAUUCCUGAAAGACGUGCAAUGGCAGGACACUCCUCUCGGGGCGUUUGUUGUUUCACAAAGAAGGUUACGGGAAGAAAGGAGAAAGGUGCUGGAGCAAGGGCGAAAGGAGCAAGAACAACGAAAGGCUGCGGAAGAAGAUGCUGACAGUGACAUUGAGAUUGCUUGA